CUUGAAUUAACACAGUGAACCUAUAUCAGUAUAUUUUGAGAUACAAUGGCAUCGAUUGGCAACAGAGCUAGGCAAAAUGGAAGUGCUAAAGAUCUGGAUGCAAAAAUAAUGGAGUCAUUCAACAUUUCGGGAUCAACUCAAAAAGCUUCCUUCAAGUUUCAAGAGCCUGCACGUCGCACUGGGAAAAGGCCACAACACACAGUAUAUAAACCAAGUUCAACUUCAGCAGAUUGGAACAGCCUGGCUUUGAAAACAGAUGAUUUCAUUACUCCAGUACACCAAUACAAUACGGGACCAUUAACAAUGCAACAAGGUGUAACUAAUUUCCAGCAACAACCAAACUAUUUGAUGGCCAUGAACCCAUUAACAGGACAUGCUAGUCAAAAUCAAAUGCCACAUAAUGCUCACUAUCAAAAUCAAAUGCCACAUAAUGCUCACUAUCAAAAUAAAAUGCCACAUAAUGCUCAGCAGCAAUGGCGGCCAAUGGUACAGUCAAGUCCUGGUUUUACACAUGGAAACUUCGAUUCCUCAUUCGAACAUUUUAAACAUCAACCCAAUACUAAUUCCCAUUCAUCAUAUUAUAAUAUGCCAGGCUGUAUGGAGCCAUCAAAUGAAACUAGAUUGACCAACCAACAGGUUGAUACUGGUAACACUCCAGGUGUAAAAGCAAACUCAUACUUUGAUCAGUUGCCGUCUUGGAUGACGAAUCCACACGAAAUUCCGAUUGUUUACAAGGAAGUAAUCAAGUUAUGUGCAUUGCCAAACAACUAUGCUGAUACAGCCAAACUGUAUCCAAUUUUUGUCAGUUCACAACUACCACAAGAUGUUCUUGGUCAUAUAUGGUCUGCUGCUAACAAGACCACCCCCGGUCAACUUACUUUUUCUGAAGUAUAUAUAGCACUGGCUCUCAUAGGGCUCGCACAAAUAGGUGAAAUGAAUCUUUCGGUUGAUUUUGUGAAGAAACUGAAGUCAGCACCUAUACCAGCACUUCAGUGCAUGCAAAAGGAUGUUAGAGCAUUUGUUGCGCCAACUAUUGCUCCGAAUACACCAAUUGCCAGUAAUAACAUUGCUGAUGACGAUUUCGCCGAUUUCCAAUCUGUUCCCCAUGUUCCGGUAUCUAAAAAUCAUUCAUCAUCCUCUUGGGGGAUUAAAUCAUCAGACUUAACAGAUGAAAGCUUCCAAGAUUUUCAAUCUUUCACCCCAAGCAUUACAAAUACAAACUCUAUGAUGACUCUUGAUGAUUCUAAUAAACUUUCAGGAACGUUUACCGGUCAAAACAAUGCAGAGGUGAAUGAACCGAAUCUUAGUUCAAGCAGUUUAUUUGCAACUUUGCCCACUCCUCCAAAAAAUACCAAAAUUUUGAAUACAACAAACUCAAAACCUAUUUUCGAAAAUUUUAGUGUGGUUCCUCCUAUUAUUCCGACUGGGAAUGUGGCUGAAAAUUCUGGCAAAAUUAAAUCGCUAUCACUUUUUGGUGACACUGUUGUAAAGCCCCUGGAAGAUAGUACUAGUAAGUCUACUGGAUCUUUGCGAUCUGAAACACUUCUAGACAACUCUAAAUUUACCAUACCAUUCCCUUCUAAGACCUCUGUUGGUGAUAGCCAAAAGAAUAAUUCUGCUGGUGACAAAUAUUCCGCACUUCGUGAUUUGACAUCCAUAUCAUUUUCUGAUGCAAAAACGUCUGAGGAAUCAGAUACAAAUUUUGAUUUGAUAGGCCCAGAGCCAGUAGCAACAGGAUCAACAUUAUUCCCAAUUGCUAACGAACCAGAAGUGAAGGAAAAGCCAUCCACACCAGUUAAGGAACAAAAUCAAUUUGAAAAUGAACAAAAUUUAUUUGAGAAUUUUUCGAACUUUACUCAAACUCCCCCCAUAAUGACCCCUUGCGAACCAGCAGCCACAGAUGAUGGUUUGUAUAGUCUUGAUGAACCCAUUUCACCUUUGUCUGAGAGAAGAAACAGGAAUGAUAUUAAGCCAAUACCAAUGUCACCACCUAAACCUCAACGUUUCGUUAUUCCAAAACGUAUUUCAGAAGCUGAUAGUGAUGACUUUGGCGAGUUUUCUUCGGGGCCACCUCCAAUUGACGACCUUGAUAUUGGAGAGUCUGACAUGUACCACAAUGGAAACUCUUCCUUGGUUGACUUUGAUGCUUUUGACGACUUCGAGAGUGCUCAAGAAACAAAGAAGACUAAGGACAGAGAAAUAAAGGGAAAACAUGAUGGCACAGCUUUCAGUGAAAUUCUUGUCGGCCAAUCAAGCACAGAAAAAUUUACAGCUUCAAAUACCACAGUUGAUGGUGCUUCAAAUGACGAUACAAAAAAUAUUGUGAGUGAAGGGGUUUGGAGUGAAUCUAUUAGCGAUUUUAGUGAAUAUAAAGUAGAUGAUACAAGCAUUCAAUCGAUUGCUGAGUCCAACAACGACACAGUAAAAAAAGAGAAUAUGAACUCAACUGAUGUGAAUAAUAUAUCAGGUUGUAUAACCCGACCAGAGCUAUCAGUAGAAAUAAAUGAAGGUACUGUUGAAGUUCACCAGUCUAUAGAAGAGCCAAAGUGGGAUAGAGGAUAUGAAGAACUGAGAGCCAUUGAUGAAAGUUCAGUUAGUUUAAAACCAAUGGAAAUAUAUGCAGAUCAUUGGGGAAGAUGCUUGGUCAUAUGCAAAGACAUUAUUGCUUCCACCAGUAACAUUUUUGCUGCUCUUAACAGCCCUCUUGUGUGCCAUGAAAUCGUGAAUUCCACUCGGGGUAAAGAUUUUAUUUCAUGCACGAGUGAGGUAUAUGGCGUUGCUAGACGAAUUCGGAAAGGAAUGGAAAGUGUUGGACUUGAAAAUGAGGAUCUUGAAAUGACAUUAAAAGAUAUUGAAAUAUCAUGGAAUAAUCUUUUAGGGUUUUGCCCAUACACUCCAUCUGUACAUAAAACACCUGAGCAUUGCUGCACACCUUCAGGGAAAAACUCAAUUGAUGUAAACAGUGCAGAUGGAUCAUCUGCGUGUGGGUUAUGCCUAUUAAGUACUAGUGGUGAGUGGCCAGUUGGUUUGGAAUGUGGUGGAAAACUGUAUCAUGCACCCUGUGCUAAUUUAUGGUUAAAUCAGGUUACUCCUAUUUUACCACGUUUACAAGUGCCCACUGUGUAGUUCUCCGGCUCAUAACAAUGGUGGAUAAUCAUUUUUGUCAGCUAAUUAUCAUUCAGAGUGCAUCAUUUUUUUUUAUAUAAAUUGAAUACUUGUGAAAUAAGCAAAUAUCAAUCUCUGUUUCUACUAUCUACUCUAUCGCUCAAUAUCUAAUAGUAUACACAAUGAAAUAAAUCUCUUUGAUAAAAAGAACUUGCAGGACUGGCUUGUUUCCAAACCUAAUUUACUAGUGCUUGUUCAUGAAAAUAUUCAUCAAAUGAUUUUUAUAGUUUUUUGGUGAGAAAUAGUGUGCUAUCGAUUUCGUCAAAGUUAAUCCGUGUCUUAUGUUUUCUCAACUGUGUUAUAUUUGUAUGCUUCUCAAACUCAUGUAGUGAAGUUAGAUUUUUUAAUAACAGGAUAUUGUAACAGAAGAUACCGUAGGUAUUUAUAUAACUGCCCGCAAUGAUUUAGAGUUCAAAAUCUAUCUAGAUUUUAGUUAUAUGUAAUGUUGUAAAUUCCAGUGUUAAAAUUAUUAUUCGCAAAUUUAGUGCUGGUACAUAGGAUUGAUUUUUUUUUAUAAAUUCGUCAUAAGGUAGUAGCUUAAAUUUGAAUGUCUGAAGUUAGAGAUAUACAUACAUACAUAACAAGUAAUAAGAAGUAAUAAAGUCUAUAUGGGAUAAAUGCAACAUAGAAUAUUUGCCUAUUUCACUUCACUUGCAAUCCAAUUUACAUUUAAAUAGGUAGAAAAUGUUGUGAUAUUUGAUUAUCUGCAUCUCAAGUGGUUUGCAUGGUUUAUAUAUCAACUUUACCUGAUCAUUUCUAAUAAUUGUACUAAUGACUAUGAUAUAUCUGGUGCCAUUGUGUAGGCAAUUAAUGAUCUGACAAAAAUCCAUCCUACAAUAUUUGAGAAUAAUAUAAUCUAAAUCAGAUAUUUUUGUGCGUGCUUAGAAAUUUCAUAAUAUUUCUGCAAUUUUCUAACUCUAUAUAGUAUAUUUCUUGCUCUAAAAUAAUAUCCCCAUAACCGUUCUUCAGUGUUUAGCUGGUGUUAGAUGGCAAGCAAAAUACGAUAUCACCAAACCCAAAUAUCUCUUUGAUAAAUUUAAUUAGGUAUAUGUUGGCUGCUAUGUUAUAUAUAUAAAAAAAAUAUAUAUUUACCAUUAAAUGUAACAGUUAAUUACAUUCAAAUAAGGUGCCAGGACUCUCCUUGUGGACCACGUUCCCCCUAUUGAAACAGUCUUGCUUGACAAUUUCAACUGCAUUAAUUGCAAAUGUGGUAUCACAUAUAACUUUUAUUUUAUGUUCCAACUUUUUCUCUAUUUUAUUUUUAUCCAUCUUGUGCUUCCAUGUAUUCGAGGUAUGUGUGGAAGUUUUGUUGAUUUUGAACCACCAAUCAGAUCAAAGCUUCAGCACUGAGCUAACUAGGUCAGUUUGUCAGAUGGGCAUUGUUACUUUGUUUCAUAUUAACCGAGAAGUGAUAACUAUGAGCAAUUAGAAGUCUAUGUGACUAAGCCUUCUGAGAUAUAACCCACAAAAACUUGGUAAAUAUUUUGAUGGCAGGUUUCGUUUUCGUAUUAUAAACAAUUGCAAAUAGGUUAGUGCAAUUUGUUACCUCUGAUUGUUAUCAUCCGUUCACCAUGCUCAAUCUUUUCAUUAAUUUUUGUUUGGCCGUGUGCUUCUUAUAAAAUGUAUAGUGCAAUAUAUUAUAAAUGAAGUAAAAAGUUUGAAAUAGCAAAGAAA